AUGUUCAAGACCGAGCCCGCACGACAAGCCAGAGAACAGGACCAGGAUACCUGGUACAUCCCGCUGUCGAUCGACACGAGCAGGGGCGUCAGUGACCCAGAGACCAGCCCCGUCCCGGCGACGUUCUCGUCGCCGACAAGCAAGCCGCCGACGCCACAGGCGCUCCCCCUCGGCGCGGCCAAGUCGCCCAAGUCGGCCGAGGGCCCCUGGUGGAACCGCCUCGUCAAGAAGGACGAGGGCAAGGCCGGCAGCAACAAGAGGUGGUCGCGCAGUAUGGAUGCGUUCGUGGGAGGGGCCAAGAAGUACCUGAUCGCUGCUUUGGGUGCCGGCAAAUCAGGUGACCAAUUGUGGUGCUGUGGUGGUGGCGGCGGAUAG